AUGUAUUCAUUUGAUUUUUUUAUAAAUGCGGUUCGCUACGCUUUAGAUAAGUCAAAUUAUAAUUUGUUUCUUAAGGUGAAACAGUACAAAGUGUUAGAGUCGUUAGUUUUAGGAAGAGACACCUUUGCAGUCCUUCCAACUGGCUACAGAAAGUCUGUCGUAUUCCACUUGCUCCCCUUUAUUUUCGAUUUCUUUAACGCAAAAGGAGGAGACAUACGGGAAACAAGUAUUGUUUUAGUUCUAACACCAUUAAAUGCCUUGAUUGAAGAUCAAAUGGCUUGUCUAAGACGUAAUGGUAUCGAAGCUGAUGUCUUAAAUACUAACAAUGUAAAACAUAUCAACCCUGAUAACCAAGACGAUGGAAUGGACGACGAAGCAGGUAACAAUGAAUUAGAAAGCCCUUGUAAAAUUAUUUUAGAAGGAAAUGCAAAAUUAGUUUUUGCUCACCCAGAAGCAGUUAUCUCCUCCAGAAAAGGCAGAAAAGUACUGCUGUCAGACGUUUUUCAACAACGUGUUGUUGCAUGCGUGAUUGACGAGGGACACCUUAUAGACGAAUGGGGGUUCGAAUUUCGUCCUGAUUUUGGGAAAUUAUCUCAGUUGGGUUCCAUUUUUCCAUCCGCACCUUUCUUAGUCCUUACUGCGACCGCACCGUUACAUAUCCGAGAAACAAUAGUAAAAUCUCUACUACUUUACAAACCUGUAUUCGUAGUAGCUAAUUUGGAUAGACCAAAUAUAUACAUCAGAAAAGAAAAACGAAUCUGGUCUAAUGGAUCGAACAGCUAUAACGCCUUACUUCUCCCAAUUGCUAAAGAUUUAAAGAAUAGUUUAAGGGAAUAUCCACUCACGUUAAUAUACUUGCCACUGAAAUGGUGUGGCUAUGCUUUUAAACUAUUUAUGGAUGAAAUUGGAGAGAAAAGCUAUUUUCCCCAAUCGGAAAAAAAUCCAGAAAAUUGUCUUUUUGCUCAGUUCCAUGCACCACAAACUGAGAGGAUGAAGCAUGAGAUCAUGAAACAGUUGACUGGCAAGAAUGAAGAUAGAGUUGUUCGUGUCGUGUUUGCUACAAUCGCCAUUGAAAUUGGUGUGAAUAUUCAUGACAUAAGGCAUGUUAUACACAUUGGAGUACCAAGGAAAACAUAUUAUUCACCUGAGUACACAACACCAACACAGAAAAAUUCAUAUUACUAGAACACAUUGGUAUUGAAGGAACUAGAUACUGUUCCGAAAUAUCACUUACUCGAACCGUCCUGACCGCGUAGCUCAGUUGGAAGAGCAUUGGGCUAGUAUUCCAAAGGUCGUAGGUUCGAAUCCGACCAUGGCCGGGCAUAUUUUUCAAGCUCGCCCGGUGUGGAUAUGCACUCAGAGUAACAUCGCAAACAUAUUAUUCACCUGAGUACACAACACCAACACAGAAAAAUGUUCCAAAUGUUGUCAAUGCUUAUAUUGCACAAAGAGUAAGGAAUUUCCAGACACUUCAUGCAAUGAUGAUGAAGAUGUGCCAGAGCUUAUACCUGUUCGAAAUGUUUCUGAUGGGCAACGACAAAGGAUCAGAGACCAGCUGAUAGCAUACAGGUCUCAAUUAGGCACUAAGAGGUUUGGCGGAAUAGACAUAAGUACUGGAGUUACCGUGGAGCUCAUAGACUCCAUUGUUUUGAGAUGCCAUACAAUUAAGUCUGCUGAGGACUUGUUUGCUGGAUUUGAAGUAUGGGAUAUUAAAUAUGCACAUGCAAUUUUUAAAAUCAUUGGUGAUGUUUGUGCCAGUUAG